ACACUCCAUACCAGUUGGUGGCGGUAAUUCACCAUUUCGUUGAUUGCCAACCGCCACAAAACAUCAAGAAGAAGAAGAGUCGCCAGCUUCGCCUGAUGUGGCUAGUUCAAGGUAGCACUAAUGGUUGCUCUCUCUGUUGGAUUUUUUCCCCCAUUACUAACUCAACAUGGGCAAAAGGGAUAAUCGAGUGGCUUACAUUAACCCCAUUGCUGCUGCACGAGCCAGGGGACCGGCAAAUAACGCUGGACCAACUAUACAAGAUUAUUUAGGCAGACCUCGACCAACAUGGGAAGAGUUAAAGGAGCAGCUGGAGAAGAAGAAGAAGGGCUCUCGAGCCCUGGCUGACUUUGAGGACAAAAUGAACGUGAAAUGGAGAAAAGAACUGGCAAAAAACAGAGAGAAGUUGUUAGGUGGAAGUGAUAAAGACAAAGAGAAAGACAAGAAGACCACAGACAAGGAAAAAGAGGAGAAGAAAGAGAAAAAAGAGAAAAAGAGGAAAGAGAAGAAGAAACCCAGCAGGCAUUCUUCAUCUUCCUCUUCCUCAUCGAGUUCUGAUUCCCCCAGCAGCUCCUCCUCAGAAUCUGAAGACGUGGAUGAAAAGAAGAGCCUGAAGAAAAAGCGGAAGAGAAAGAAGUCAUCGGCAAGGAGACCAUCAGACAGCUCAGAGGAAGAAUCGGAUGCUGAAAGCAAGAAGAAAAAGAAAAGAAUCAAGGAAGAAGGAGACAAAGAUAAGGAGGACAGGAGCCGUAAGAGAAAAAGGAAGGCCGAGCGAAGUUGUAAGGACUCAUCCUCAGAGUCCUCUGCAGACUCUGAGGGGGAAGAGGUAGCUGAAGCCAAGAAGAAAAAGAGAAGUAGCGAGGAAAAGGAGAAAAUCACAGACCGAUCCAAGAAGAAGAGGAAAAAGAAGCACAAGAAACACAGCAGAAAAAAGAAAAAGAAGGCAGCAUCUCAGUCAGACCCUGAGCUCGACUAGCGACCGCAGCAUUAUGAUUCUUUCAUCCUCCUGACAGUUCACAAGUAAUGUUAUUUUUGCCUUUGCCCUCUAAAAACCUCUCCCAUCCAGCUUCAGUCAUCACACUUGAACAGGAGACCUACAGACUUGUAACGCUGGGGUUCUGUGUGCGAAGUGAAUUUGAGGGAAGCACCCAUCCCUCUGCAUAUCUUCUGUUGACUUUUACCACCAUGAUUUUUCUAGAACAUUUUUUUUUAGUUACACACCACAAAUGGACUGAAGUGAAUUCCUCAUAUAUAUCCCCCUCCUCAUUUCGGAGAUUUCCGUGUGACUGGCCCUCUCAGAGUUGCUCUCUCGGCUUCAUACCCGACAUCUUGCAUUUGUAGUUUCUAGAUGAGGCUGUCAUGCUAGUGCCUGCGUCAUGCAUGUAGACCUGAUGACCUGAUGUCUCACCAGCCUCAUAUUGAAGUUGGACUUAUAACAAAUGUGAGCUGCACAGCCGACAUUAAUACAAGGGAUAAUUGUUCCGUUAGAUUAAAUUGUUACACUGCAGUGUAAAUGUAUAAACAAUGGGAAUUCAUUAAUAAAGUAUUGUUUUAGCCUUU